GCUUUGGGAGGAACGUUCCUCUUUAGGAGAAACACUUCCACAAAAGAAAGACAACGAUAUUUUUAAGCAGUGAUAUUUUAAGUGUAUCAUAUAUAAUUAUGGUGAUUAGUUUUCCCGCUACUAUUUCUAUAGAAGUGUGACGCUAAAGUAUUUAGCUCAGCCAGGAACUAAUAUAUAUACAAGAGGUACCGUACCGAGCAUGUUUGUUUAGCGGACCGCCAGCUGUCAAACAUCUAAACUCUUCCCGUUUAUCAACAUUGGUCCCAGUUCAUUGCUCUCCCUCGGAUUUGAGAUUGUAGAGUGUUUUUUAAACGCGAAUCUGGUAGUUAUGCAGUAUAAACAACAUUAUUACAGCUAACUUUGGACUGCAUUCAUUUUUACAUCGGAUUUCGUCAUCAAACAUGGAGAAAUUUGAAGGCUACAUCUUCACUGCUCUUUGCAGCACCAACUUUUUGAUAUCCUGCCUGCUGUUCUCCAGAGUCACUCGGGAGCAAAGGGAGCCCUACAUGGACGAGAUAUUUCAUAUUCCACAAGCGCAGAAAUACUGCUAUGGCAAAUUCAACGAGUGGGACCCAAUGAUCACCACUCUCCCAGGACUUUACCUAGUCUCUGUGGGAGUCAUCAAGCCGGUGGUGUGGCUCGCUGAUCUGACAGGCCAGGUGGUGUGUUCCACGGCCAUGCUGCGCUUCAUCAACCUGCUGUUCAACUGCGGCAUCCUUUACCUGCUCUAUCUGCUCAUCUGCAAACUGCACCUCAGGGAGAAGACACGAACGACCUCCCGCCGAGUCCUCUCAGCGCUGUCUUUGUCCACCUUCCCUGUGCUCUACUUCUUCAACUUCCUCUACUACACCGACGCCGGAUCUACUUUCUUCACCCUCUUCACCUACCUAAUGACGCUCUACGGCUGCCACAAGGCUUCGGCGCUCCUCGGUGUCUGCUCUGUACUCUUCCGCCAGACCAACAUCAUCUGGGUGGCUUUCUGCGCAGGCACGUUGGUGGCUGCCAAAAUGGACGAGGCGUGGAGGGUGGAGCAUACGAAAAAGAGGGAUGAGAAGUCUCCUCCGUCCCAGGUCCCUCUGUCAUUCACUGGAGCUAAGAAAGUGAUGCUUUUCACGCUGGAGUUCCUCACCUCGCCCAGUCAUGUGAAGGCGGUUCUGCUGGUGGCCUGGCCUUAUGCGUUGGUCGGCGUGGGCUUCCUGGCGUUCAUGGUGCUGAAUGACGGCAUAGUGGUGGGUGACAGGACGAGCCACGAGGCCUGCCUCAACUUCCCCCAACUCUUCUAUUUCUUCUCAUUCGCCCUCUUCUUCUCCCUCCCCGUCUCACUUUGUUACUAUCGCGCUGUCCGCUUCCUCCAGGCUUUAAAAAAACAGCCUCUGUUCUUCCUGUUCGUCACGUGCAUCUUCUUGCUCCUGGUGUGGAAGUUCACCUCCGUCCACAAGUACCUGCUGGCAGAUAACCGCCAUUUCCCCUUCUACGUGUGGAAAAGGCUUUUCCAGAGGCACGAGCUGGUACGCUUUCUACUCGUCCCCGUGUACGUGUUUGCAGGGUGGAAUUUCCUGGACUCCUUCAAGUCGCGCUCACUGUUCUGGAGUCUGGCGUUCUUGGCGUGCCUCCUGGCUGCAACAGUACCGCAGAAGCUGCUAGAGUUCAGAUACUUCAUUGUUCCCUACCUGAUGUAUCGCCUGCACAUGCCUCUCCCCUCUCUCCCUAGACUCAUUGUGGAGUUUCUCCUGUACACGGCGGUCAACGCUGCCACACUCUACAUCUUCAUCAGUAAGACCUUCCACUGGCCGGACAGCACAGCCACACAGAGGUUCAUGUGGUGAACAAAAGAGACUGAUGUCAGGAGUUCCUGUACUCAAACAUGAUGUCGGUAUCAAUAGAUUCUCCAGAGAAACACAGUAUAUGUGACAUCUCAGAAAUCAGAGGAAAUCUUAUGUUACACCCAGUAAAAGGCUCAUAUUCUCACCAUAUUUGUAAAGUGUAACCACAUGGUGUUAAGGUAUCGCAUUAUCUUACACUGAGAAGAAAUAUUGCUAGUUUUAACGUGACAGGUGGCAUUGAAAAAACAUUUAAUCUGAGCUUUUUAGGGUCGAGUUAUGCUGGAUUUUGUUUUGAGUGGCAAACCCUGAAGCAGGGCUGUCACCGACUCACACUUACAUGAUAAUGACCAAAAGUAUUUAAAGAGAAUUGUUUUGAAAGAGUUUUGGCUUUGACAAUACAGUGGUGGUAUCUGUGUUGUAAAAUCUGGUCUGAAUUAUAAUGUCUGAGAAUCAAGUGUAUAAAGUUUUUCUGCAGGUUUCUGGGGAGUGACGAGGCUGGGUGUGGUUUUCUUACGCCUAUAUGUGUUUUUUACUUUAAUUGUAAAUACUGUAUGUAGUUCUAUGAAUAGAUAGUUGAUGAACUUGUUGACAUGAUUUGUAAAUAUGAUUUAAAGAGACCAAAAAUACUAGCCAUAUUGUAAAGUUUAGAAUUUUUAUUGUGUGGGAUGUUUUUCUAAUGAUUGAGCUUUUUGCUUUCUGCCAGUGAAGAACACUGAUGGACACAUUUGACCCACAAACAACUUGCAAUACAAUGCAACGAUAAUUAUGGAACUAAAUUGAAGAUAUAAAUGUUUUGAAAUUUUUACCUUGAUUUUACUUUGACCAAGCCAUAAAGAUUUGAAGUGAUUCAGAAUGGAGAUGAUUUUGUUAGUUUUUUGUACUUUGUAGUUUAAUUGUUUCUGUUGGUUCUUCUCACUGUUCUUUAACCGUGAAGGUUUGUCCGACCUGCUCUCCUGUUCAUACAAUCUUGUGUUUACCUUUGAAUAAAAUGACUCAUGCGA